AUGCCUGGUCUGAGAUCGCAGGGGGCUCGAAACCAAUCACACGUCCUCAGACUGGAGAACCCCUCCUGCCCAUGGGCAGAAGGAGAGGAGAUUAUGGAAAAUGACCUGAAAGAUGCAGUGUUCGUGGCUUUGGCGAUGACGGAAGUGGGGGCUGCAAGCCGGGGAAGGCGGGUGUCCUCUCAGAGCUGGGAAAGGCAGGAAACAGACCCUUUCCUAGGCAUCCACAAGGACCGAAGCCCUGCCAACAUCUGGCUUUUAGUGCCCCGAGACCCACAUCAGCGUUCUGACCUACAGACCUGUCAAGUAGCAAAUUUGCAUUUCUCAGCCUCCGGGUUUGUGGUCACUGGAUACCGCAGCAACAGAAAAUUGAUACAGUCAGCUGGAAGGAUGGGGCGGGACCCCAGUUCCACUCGGGUCUGUACCAGGUCCAGUGACUCACGAGCACUGGGCCGCAGGCACCUGGAGAGGCGCCCCCGGGCAGACUGGGGCACUCAGCCCCUGAAUGCUCCAGGCCGGUCCAGCCCUGGGGCCCGCAGGCCGGGGCCUGCGCCCCAGCACUCAGCCGCUGUGGGCUCCGCCUGGAGGCGCCGGGGCGGCUCCCGCUCGGGGACAGACCCGCAUCUACGGACGCACGUCCUGCUGCACGCUCUCUGCGGCUGUCUCUCUGCGCUUCCGGAAGUGGCCCCAAGAGACGCGGUUCGCAUCUGGCACAGUGAGCUCUUGGCUCGAGAUCCAUGA